GAAAGCGUUUCCGGUACGAAGUAAACAAAAGUUUGACAUUGGACGUAAAAUGGUUUCCCUGCCUUUAAAUUCACUAAAACAAAUAAUGAGAGCCAUGGUGGAUAACAAAGGCUUCGAUAGAGUUUUGCAAAAGGUGGACGUUUUAUCUGCUGCCCCGGGUAAAGUGGUGUGUGAGAUGCGGGUGGAAGAGGAGCACACCAACCGGGGAGGGACGCUGCACGGCGGGCUGACAGCGACCCUGGUCGAUGUCAUUUCCACAAUGGCCAUCAUGAACACUGAGAGGGGAGCACCGGGGGUCAGUGUGGACAUGAACAUAACAUACAUGAAUGCUGCCAAAAUAGGAGAUGAUGUACUAAUUUCUGCUCAGGUUCUGAAGCAAGGACGUACCCUGGCAUUCGCCACCGUAGACCUCACCAGCAAGACAACAGGGAAACUAAUUGCACAGGGAAGACACACCAAACACCUUGGCAGCAGCUAAUUUGUCUCAAGGUUGUCUGUUUUUGCAUUAUCGUGUAAGCGUAUGUCCGAUCAAAGGGGCUUAGGGGACAAGCAAAAUGUGAAUAUACCUCUGCCUACACAAUUUGCUAAAGUGUUGUUUUUGAGUAAUCAUUUUGUGGAAGCCAUUACUGUACAUUGUGUAUUGAUGCAUGCACAUUCAAUAAAAGAAAUGGACAAGA